CAUGUGAUCGGUCUCUUUCCUCUCCCUGAGAUUAACAUGACCCAGAAGAGGCGUAAUUGUGGACGUUCCAAGCAUGGCCGUGGGCAUGUCAAGUUUGUGCGUUGUACAAACUGUGCACGCUGUGUCCCUAAGGACAAGGCUAUAAAGAAAUUUGUCAUUAGGAAUAUUGUGGAGGCAGCUGCAGUCAGGGAUAUAGCUGAUGCCAGUGUGUAUGAAGUGUAUGCUCUACCAAAACUGUAUGUGAAACUUCACUACUGUGUCAGCUGCGCAAUUCACUCCAAGGUUGUUAGGAAUCGCUCCAAGGAAAACAGAAAAAUCAGGGUCCCUCCUCCAAGGUUCCCCCGUAGGCCCGAUAAUCCUCAAGGACAGCGUCCAGGAGGUGGUGUUGGACCUCGACAAACCACAUCAUCGUAAAGCUGUGUCUUAUUCCAUCAAAAGAUGAAAUAAUAAAAUACUGCUAGUUAAAAUC